UCUUGACUCGCUUAUGAUGGAGGAAAGCUGUCCCCACGCCCUCACGUACCCAUUUGACGUCACACUGCAGCGAUUACAAAAGCAAACAGCGGCGCCUGAGAUAAGGCCAUCAUCAUCAGAUCGGAAAUAAUUAUCAGACAAGAACAGGUACAUUAAUGAUACUUAAUUGUGCAUGAAGUUGCUCACUGAAAUGUUACAUUGUUACGGGUGUAGGUUUGUUUUUACUGCUACUGUUUAGAAGUGUUUUUUUUUAAAUUUUUUUACCUGCUCUUCAACAUGUGUUAUAAAAUGUUUUGUAACAGGCUUGUGUAACGAAGGGCAGCUACCAUAAAACAUGACAUUUCUUAUCUUAUUCGUUCAAAUAGAGCUCUGGAACAUCAGGAAAAUGAUUAAAACUAAAAUCUGUACCAUAUGAUUUUUUUCAUUUUGAUUGUAACUGCCCUUUAUUGGUUUGUUACGGUAUUGUCACAAAAAUGCUUCAAAUGUGAUUUUUUUUUACCAUCACAUAGAUUCACUUUAUAAUAUUAUAAUAGCAUGUUUUGUAAAUGUAUCAUUAUUACUCCCCUUAGUAUACCAUUAAAUGUGUCUUGUGUUCCAAUUUCUUUCAGACUGUGAACCAUGGCUCUCCGAGGUGCUGUGAAUCGUUUGCUUGCCAACACUCAGAAAUGUGCUGCCAUCUCUGUCUCCCGAGCACAGGGCACAGCAGCAGCUUUACCAGCCCAAAACGGUGAGUAUACCUGUGAGCAUAUAAUAACAGAAUGGGAUUGUAUUAAAAUGAAAUUGUUAAGUGUCUAGAAUGUAAUGCAGCUUUUUUGUUGGUCUCGGUUGAUGACUUAUUUCAGAAGCCGAAGUGGUCGCCAAGAAGCCUCCAAAAGCACGUAAGUCAUUUAAACAAGUUAAACUCAUAAAGCUACAGUAUUGGACAAACCGCAUCAUGUGUACAUUACCAAUGUAUUACAUAUGUAAACUUAACCACUAGGCGCCUCUGGCUACACAUACAGACAUGAUGUACUAUAUUAUGAAACGUGGUGGUAGACAGUAUGACAUCACCAUGUCUGCGUUGCCUCAUGUUCUAAUGAUAUUCCCAUGGCCCUCUACAGCCAAGGUGCAGUUUAACUGGCGUGACGCCCUGGAGCUGGACGGCCUGCUAACAGAGGAGGAGGUGAUGAUCAGAGACUCCUUCAGGACCUACUGCCAGGAGAAGCUAAUGCCACGCAUCCUCAUGGCCAACAGACACGAACGUAAGCACUGACAAAUGGCCAACAGACACGAACGUAAGCACUGGCACAUGGCCUACAGAGACAAACGUAAACACAGGCUGAGGUGCUAUUCCUGGAGAGAAGACUUCUCAUGAGAAUCUUCUCUGUAGAACCUCUUUUGUAACAGUUCCAGUACACAUAACUUGAUACAAGUUAGACCAUGAACUUCUCUAUAAACUAUUUAUUGACAGCUGAAAGUGAAAAGGUCAUGCUCAUUGUCUGUUUGUUUGUCCCCCCCCCAGAUUUCCAUCGUGAGAUUGUCUCCGAGAUGGGAGAGCUGGGCGUCUUAGGGCCAACCAUCCAAGGUAAACAACAUGUGACACAUGCAUCAUCCUGUUAUUGAUGUGUUCAUAUUCGAUCUUCAUGCUCAACUCUAUUAGUCCACUAAUUGUCCUUCUUCACCCAACUUUGUCUCUUCUUCACCCAGGUUAUGGUUGUGCCGGCACCAGCUACGUGGCCUACGGGCUCAUAGCGAGGGAGGUGGAAAGGGUGGACAGUGGCUACCGGUCAGUCAUGAGUGUCCAGUCCUCACUGGUCAUGCACCCCAUCAACGCCUACGGUACAGAGGAACAGAAGGAGAAGUGGCUACCCAGGCUAGGUAUGAAAUAACUACUAUAUAUUCCAUAGUAAAAUUAUACACAGUAUAGAAAUUACAGCUGGGUAAUAUAGACAAAAAUCCAUAUCACAAUAAAUUGACUGAAGUAUCACGAUAACGAUAAAUUGAACGAUAAAUUCAUAACAUUAAUGUGCGCCAGUUACUUUUUUAUAUUAGCCUUAAAACUACUACUACUUUGGAUGUUGUAGCUAUCAAUUGAAGAAAGGGAAAACCCUCACUCACUCCGCUAUCAAUUGUCCCGUUAGCAAUAGCCCAUAUUAGCAGACUUACUUACAUUUCACAUUAUUUUUUUCUUCAUACUUCAUUUCAAACUUCACAUUCCUCUAGUAAAGGCUACUUAUCGUUAUUAUCCAUAUCAGUAAAAUGUCCUCGAUAAAUGGUCGGUUCGGUCAGUAUCAAUAAUUCUCGGUUUAGAAACCGUGUUGGGUUUCAGUUCAUAAGUAUGAAGAAAAAUAACGUAGAUGAACGAUCAACAGGUGUUUAUACAUCAUUAAUAUUGGCAGAUAGACAGAAGUCUAAGUUGUUGUACAAAGUAAAUGUGGUGAGAAAUUGAGAAUGAAAUUAAUGCAGACUGAAGCAGAGCUCAUAUUCCAGUUAGGUAAAGCCUCUUCUUAAUCCCAUCUCUCUCUGUGUAAUGCUGCAGCUCGUGGGGAGAUCUUGGGCUGUUUCGGCCUGACUGAGCCCAACCACGGCAGUGACCCCGCGGGCAUGGAGACCAAGGCCAAGUACAACCCCUCCAGUGGCACCUUCACCAUCAGCGGAGCUAAGACAUGGUAAGGUUCUUCUAACGUGGGUACCAGUCUGUCUAUCUGACCAGUCUGCACGUAUGUCUGACUGGGUAGGUUCUAGUCUGGGUUACCAUACCAGUCUGUCUAUCUGACCAGUCUGCACGUAUGUCUGACUGGGUAGGUUCUAGUCUGGGUUACCAUACCAGUCUGUCUAUCUGACCAGUCUGCACGUAUGUCUGACUGGGUAGGUUCUAGUCUGGGUUACCAUACCAGUCUGUCUAUCUGACCAGUCUGCACGUAUGUCUGACUGGGUAGGUUCUAGUCUGGGUUACCAUACCAGUCUGUCUAUCUGACCAGUCUGCAUGUAUGUCUGACUGUGUAGGUUCUAGUCUGGGUUACCAUACCAGUCUGUCUAUCUGACCAGUCUGCAUGUAUGUCUGACUGGGUAGGUUCUAGUCUGGGUUACCAUACCAGUCUGUCUAUCUGACCAGUCUGCAUGUAUGUCUGACUGGGUAGGUUCUAGUCUGGGUUACCAUACCAGUCUGUCUAUCUGACCAGUCUGCAUGUAUGUCUGACUGUGUAGGUUCUAGUCUGGGUUACCAUACCAGUCUGUCUAUCUGACCAGUCUGCAUGUAUGUCUGACUGGGUAGGUUCUAGUCUGGGUUACCAUACCAGUCUGUCUAUCUGACCAGUCUGCAUGUAUGUCUGACUGGGUAGGUUCUAGUCUGGGUUACCAUACCAGUCUGUCUAUCUGACCAGUCUGCAUGUAUGUCUGACUGGGUAGGUUCUAGUCUGGGUUACCAUACCAGUCUGUCUCUGCUUUAGUUGUCUUCUUUGAAAGACUUGGUAAUCUCUCAUUCAACGCAAAAAGUGAAGGCUGGAUCAAGGUUUUGCUUUAGCCAACUGCUUUGUCAUUGUGGUGAUUUGGCAACCAGGCUAACUAGGUACAGUAGUUUUGCCUCAACUAUAAAAUGUCCCAAUGAAGAGACGUAGCCCUUCAGUUAUAUGGCUGCUGAAAAUGCAGGCGUAACGAACAGUACUUACACAAUGUUUGUUGUCUCCACUGUGGGAACUUUAGGUGGCAUGACAUGAAGGUUAGAUGUACGUGUGACUGUCUCAAAAUGUAAAGAACGUUAUGAGAGGGACCUCAUGCACAGCUUCAUGCAUAGCCAUCCAUAUAUAGAUGCAGUAACCUUACACCAGUUAGUGGCACAGCCCACACCAGACUGUUUGCACUGUUACGUCUAUAUAUGUUUCGUAAUGCAAGCAGUAACCCCAUUGCCCUUGUAUUAAAACUCAGGGCCAUAAUUAUGAGCUCUUAUAGUUGGCCCAUUACCUUUUCCCUGCCUGUGUCCCCAACCAUAUGAUAUGCCCUUACCCUCGCAUAUGAUGUAGUUGAACCUAUUAUACCCUAACUCUCACUAUGGGUAACUCAUUUACCGUAUUCUCUCCCCUAUCCCCCAGGAUCACCAACUCACCCGUGGCGGACAUCGCAGUAGUCUGGGCCAAGUGUGAGGAUGGUAGGAUCAGAGGUUUCAUCCUGGAGCGUGGCAUGAAGGGCCUGGCAACACCUAAGAUCGAGGGCAAGUUCUCUCUGCGGGCGUCGGCCACGGGCAUGAUCCUGAUGGACGAGGUGGAGGUGCCCCAAGAGAAUAUGCUGCCCAACGUCUCUGGACUGGCUGUGAGUAGGCCUAACUGUUGGACUCCAUCACAUAAUGCUGUUUAGAAAUACUGUAAAUUUAAUGAUUUACUAUAGGAACAAUUCAGACUGAACCGAAGUUGCUGGCUGAGAUACGCCAAAAGUAUGUGGUCACCUCUUAAAAUUAGUGGAUUCGGCUAUUUCAGCCACUCCCGUUGCUGACAGGUGUAUAAAAUAGAGUACACAGCCAUGCAAUCGCCAUAGACAAACAUUGUCAGUAGAAUGGUCUUACUGAAGAGCUCAGUGACUUUCAAAAGUGGCACCGUCAUAGGAUGCCACCUUUUCAACAAGUCAGUUCGUCAAGUUUCUGCCCUGCUAGAGCUGCCCUGGAAGCGUGUAAUGUGUAAAAAUCGUCUGUCCUUGGUUGCAACACUCACUACAGAGUUACAAACUGCUGUUUUUCAUGGUUCGGGCUUGGCCCGUUAGUUCCAGUGAAGGGAAAUCUUAACGCUACAGCAUACAAUGACAUUCUAGACGAUUCUGUGCUUCCAACUUUGUGGAACAUUUUGGGGAAGCACUUUCCUGUUUCAGCAUGACAAUGCCCCCGUGCACAAAGCGAGGUCCAUACAGAAAUGGUUUGUUGAAAAAUCGGUGUGGAAGAACUUGACUGGCCUGCACAGAGCCCUGACCUCAACCCCAUCGAACACCUAUGGAAUUAAUUGGAACACCGACUGCAAGCCAGGCCUAAUCGCCCAACAUCAGUGCCCGACCUCAUUAAUGCUUGUGGCUAAAUGGAAGCAAGUCCCUGCAGCAAUGUUCCAACAGCUAGUGGAAAGCCUUCCCAGAAGAGUGGAGGCUGUUAUAGCAGCAAAGGGGGAAUCAACUCCAUAUUAUUGCCCGUGAUUUUGGAAUUACAUGUUCGAUGAUCGGGUGUCCACAUACUUUUGGCCACGUAGUGUAUGUUUCGAGAACUCUUGAGAUGUGAGAUUAGAAAACAAAGUCAGUUCUCUAAAGAUGAACAUGUUCUGUUAAAAUAUAUAUAUAUAUAUAUAUAUAUAUAUAUAUAUAUAUAUAUAUAUAGAUAUAUAUAUAUAUAUAUAUAUAUAUAUAUAUAUAUAUAUAUAUAUAUAUAUAUAUAUAUAUAUAUAUAUAUAUAUAUAUAUAUAUACAUACACAUAUGUGUCUCAUUUCUGGUCAGGGACCCUUCGGCUGCCUGAAUAACGCCCGCUAUGGUAUCGCCUGGGGAGCUCUGGGUGCUGCAGAGUUCUGCUUCCAUGCUGCACGCCAGUACACACUGGACAGGUAAACAUCUCCCUCACUACUCAUUAUGUCAUCAACUCUAUUAAUUCAGAGCACUCUUUGGUAUGAACGAGGGAUUAUAUUAUAGUAGCACUGACGAAGUAGCUUGUUCAGGAACACGUUAGCUCAGCAGUAAAGAGUAUUGAAGGGAGUCAAGCUGCCAUCCUGAACCUUAUUUCAGCAUUUUAGGACCAUAUUAUAUGUUGCUGACAUCUGAUUCACUCUCUUUUGUUUUGGUCCAAUCAGGAUCCAGUUUGGCGUGCCCCUGGCCAGAAACCAGCUGAUGCAGAAGAAGAUGGCUGACAUGCUAACAGAGAUCACCAUUGGCCUGCAGUCCUGUCUGGCCCUAGGCAGACUCAUCGACGACAAGAAGUGAGUGGAGUCCCCACUGAGUGAGCGAAAUGAAUGAAAGUCUGCUUUUGGAUUUGAAGAGAGACUUCAUUGGUCUGUGUACUAGUUUCAUUUUGAAUAUGUGAAGAGAGACUGUGUGUGUCCCCAUCUUUCUUCAUUAUAUUAGACACUGACCUCUAUCCUGUCUGUCUUCCCUUCCUUUAGAGCGGCCCCUGAGAUGAUCUCCAUGCUGAAGAGGAACAGCUGUGGAAAGUCCCUGGACAUCGCCAGGCAGGCCCGAGACAUGCUGGGAGGCAACGGCAUUGCAGACGAGUACCACAUCAUCAGACAUGUCAUGAACCUGGAGGCCGUCAACACAUACGAAGGUGAGGAGAAGAUUGAUUGUAUAUGGUAUUUAAAGGAUGGAAAGGUUGGAUAGAAGAAUGGGUGAUUGGAACAUGAGCAGAUAGUAGUCGGGAUUGGAGAGAGAAUGAGACUUGAUGACCAGCAGAGGUCAGUAGUGUACAAAUUAAGUGGUACAGUCACUUGUUGGUUUUGAGGUAUAAUUCUCAGUCAGGGAAGGGGAAGACGGUUCAUAAUAAUGUCUGGAAUGGAGUAAAUGGAAACCAUGUGUUUGAUGUAUUUAAAAUCAAAAUCAAAUACAACAGGUGUAGACCUUACCAUGAAAUGCUUACUUACAAGCCCUUAACCAACAAUGCAGUUUUAAGAAAAUAGAGUUAAGAAAAUAUUUACGAAAUAAACUAAAAGUGCGGAUGUUGCCUGUAAUCCAUGGCUUCUGGUUUGGAUAUGUACGUAUGGUCACUGUGGAGACGAUGUCGUCGAUGCACUUAUUGAUGAAUCCGGUGACUGAGGUGGUGUACUCCUCAAUGCCAUUGGAUGAAUCCCGGAACAUAUUCCAGUCUGUGCUAGCAAAACAGUCCUGUAGCAUAGCAUCCGCAUCAUCUGACCACUUCCAUAUUGAGCGAGUCACUGGUACUUCCUGCUUUAGUUUUUGCUUGUAAGCAGGAAUCAGGAGGAUAGAAUUAUGGUCAGAUUUGCCAAAUGGAGGGCGAGGGAGAGCUUUAUACGUGUCUCUGUGUGUGGCGUAAAGGUGGUCUAGAGUUUUUUUUCCUCUGGUUGCACAUGUGACAUGCUGGUAGAAAUGAGAUGCAUUAAAGUCCCCAGCCACUAGGAGCGCCGCUUCUGGAUGAGCAUUUUCUUGUUUGCUUAUGGCCUUAUACAGCUCGUUGAGUGCGGUCUUCGAGCCAGCAUCGGUUUGUGGUGGUAAAUAGAUGGCUACAAAAAAUAUAGAUAAACUCUCUUGGUAGAUAGUGUGGUCUACAGCUUAUCAUGAGGUACUCUACCUCAGGCGAGCAAUACCUCGAGACUUCUUUAAUAUUAGACAUCGCGCACCAGCUGUUAUUAACGAAUAGACACACAACCCCACCCCUCGUCUUACCGGACGUAGCUGUUCUGUCCUGCCGAUGCACGGAACAAUUUGAUACCAUACCACUGAAUCCGCUCCAGCCAUUACGAGCACGUCCUCCCCAAUUAAGAUGCCACCAACCGCCUUUGUUCUCAGUAUGUAUGUAUUAUAUAUCCCUACAAUAUCUAAUGUAAAUGUAAUUUAAAUUAAAGUUUAGCCUCACUUGCACAUUUCCCUGAUCAAAUAAUCAACCCACAAUGUCUUUGUGUUUGCUUGUUCUUCUAGGUACCCAUGACAUCCAUGCCUUGAUCCUGGGCCGAGCCAUCACUGGACUGCAGUCAUUCACUGUUGAGAAAUAA